AGUCAGCUGCUGUCGCCGCCACUGCUGCUGUCUCCUUGGCCCUCUGGUGCAAGCGCUCUCCGCUUCUUUCGGGGGAAAGGAGAGGCCCGGCGAAGAGGUCGGCGUUGGGGUUGGAAGCCUCUUCAGACCAUCGCCUGGAGGAGGGACGGAUGGCGGAGGCGUUUCUGGUUGAGGGGGGAAUGAGUUAUAGCGGAAGGAGGCAACAUUUUUGCAUGGAAUGUAAUUAAUGAGAGAAAUGUGUUCUAAUAAGUGCACAGCUGGUGUGAUUGUGGAAAGGGAGUUUGGAGGAGAAUAAGAGAAUCCAAUCCUCCCAUGCAGAAGCAAGUAGCAGCACUGGAAAUGAGAAGGAAGAAUUUAUGAGCCACACUCAAACAAUGCCUACAACUGGAAGCUUCUUGGCAGUAAGGCUAUCAUGGACAAGGUGAUCUUGCAGUCUGCUAACUAAAUGUGAUGGCUCUGAGAGGACUGUGGCUGAUCAAUCAUGAGCAAGGGGUGCAAAGCUCGGUGCUGUUUUCCAGGCGUUACCCCACAGUUGAAAAGCGAGCAAAAUUUUUCAAUGGGUCAAGUUAUGUGCCAGUACCAGAAGAUGGUCCUUUCCUUAAAGCACUACUUUUUGAAUUGAGGCUGACAGAUGAAGGUCAACACUUUUUGGAGCGUAGAGAUGGCUGUUCCAGAAUCAACAAGACUUCAGUCUAUACACUACAGGUUGAAAGGAGGGACCUCUGGCCUGUGGUGGCUUUCCAGAAGAGUGGGUUGAUUUAUGUUGGCCUCCCAUUAGUUGAGCAGUCCAUCAUGCCACGACCACCUCUCUUCAGUAUCAGUGGAAUCUCUCAGGCUUUUGACUUCUUGUCAGGGCUCCUGGCGUUUAUGAACUCUAGUCAGAAGGGUGAAGCAGAGAGGAGUGCCAAAAUUGGCCAACUGCCAAGUUUGAUUAUGCAGGCCUGUCCUCUGGGCACUCCACUAGAUGCAAAUUUAAAUGGCUUAUUGGAAAACAGUCACAUUGCUCUAAAUAGUCAUACUCAGAAACCACCAGCUUGGAGAAGCAACACAUACAAGGGAAAGCCUCAAGUUAAUAUCUGUAUCAUUGAAAAAGUCAAAUCUGUCCAGUAUGACCAAAGGGAUGUGGCAGACAUGUGGCAAGUUUAUGGAAGUGUAACAUGCAAGUGUGACGUAGAAGGCACUGCUCCCAAUGUGACUAUUGGCCUGAACCUCCCUGCCAAUGGUUCUCCUCUCCAGGAUAUUUUGGUCCACCCCUGUGUAACAUCCCUCGAUUCUGCUGUUCUGACUUCCAGUAGUGUUGAUGUAAUGGAUGACUCAGCUUUCAGUGGACCUUACAAAUUCCCUCUAAUACCGCCUUCAGAUCUGUUUAAUCUGUGCUUUUACACUUCCCAGGUACCUGUUCCACCUAUUUUGGGAUUUUAUCAACUAAAAGAAGAAGAAUCACAGUGGAAGUUCACAAUUCACCUGAAACUUCAUGAGAGUAUGAAAAACACUUUUGAAUACUGCAAAGCUUGUAUUCCCUUUUUUAACCGGGGUCCUAUUACACACUUGGAAUACAAAAUCAGCUGUGGCCAACUUGAGGUAUCAAGAGAGAAAAGCUUACUGGUUUGGUUCAUAGGGCAAAAAUUUCCCAAAUCACUAGAAAUUUCUCUUACUGGGACUGUCGCUUUUGGUCCUACAAGUCAGGAUCAGCCAGUUGAUGCUGUUUGUACUGGAAACACUGCCUAUGUCAAACUUUAUUUUAGAAUGUUGGAUUUCACACUUACUGGAUGUUAUACAGACCAGCAUUCCAUUCAGGUCUUUUCAUCAGGCAAAGCAAAGAUCAGUACAGCUCGUGAGGUACUUUCAUCAGAUUACUACAUCUGGAAUUCUAAAGCCCCAGCACCUGUUGUAUAUAGAACUUUACUUUUCUAAAUUUUCUGUUUGGUUUUGUACUAGGAAAGAAAGCAUUGCCAAAAUAUUUUAUAUCUGUACCAAGCUUCUGUUUGGGGUAAAAGAGAAUACUAAAUAAUCAUGCAUCUAUUAUUCAAAAUGUUUAAAGUUUCUCUGUGAGCACACCAUUAGAGACGUUGCAUGAUGUAUAAGCUUUAGACAGUCAAACUUACCUGUUGCCAAAUACAUUACCUGGAAAUUAAGAUCUCUCUUGUAGGUAUUGUUGAAUUUACUGUCAUAUUUCUCAAUCCUAGCUAAAUUGUUGAACAUCAUUUCUUCCCAUUGUUGGCCUUCAGAAAAAUAUUUUGAAGCAGUAGAAGUUUAAAAGUAUCUCUGACUAUAUAUGUACUGAAAAGUGCUUUGAGUUUUACAUUGAGCGACCAGUCUUCCUCCACCAAAUUAGAUGUCCUCCAGAUCAGUUGGAUAUAUGAGUUUAAGCUAUCGAAAAUACUCUUGAAUUUGUAAGUUAAAUCUUGUUAUGCAUAAGUUGCCAGCUUUCUUUGCUGCCUUUAUUCCUGAAAGGGGCAGCAGUUUAUGUUGACACCUACUUCACUCUUGCCCUUAUACUGACAUAAGAAUUGUUGGUGUAUUAGUUUCACAGACAAUUUUUAAAACUAUAGUUUCCAAUCAGAAGUAGCUGGAUUUAUUUGAUUUGUAUUCCAUAUAAAUAGAACUAUCA